AUGUUAUGGGACUUGCAAUGUCUCAUUCUCACUCAACUAGACUAUCCAGAUAUUCAAGGGUUUAUUGAUUAUUAUCAUAAUACAUAUGGACCAUUCAGUCGAUUUUCACCACAUAUGUAUAACCAUUAUCAUAAUAUAACAUCGCGAACAAUUAAUUAUUUGGAAGAGGAACAAUCACUAGCAUCGAUUGCAAGAGUACGAGAUGAUAUGCGAGCACCAGCUCCAAAACGUCAAAAAAAUAAAGUUAUAAGAGAUAAAUGUCUGAUAAAAUUAUGGCAACGUUAUGAUGACAGUCGUAUUGACAUUACAGCGUUCUUGAAAGCUGUCGGUAUGAUAUAUUGUCAAAAUGUUAAAUAA